AUGGUGUGUGAAGCAGAUGAACCAAACGUUAAUAUUAGCUUCCCUGUAGUCAUGCUUCCGCAAGAUGCUGGUGAAAGUUUGAAACAGAGUCUCCAGAUAACUGAUGAUGUUGUUGUUGCACGCAUAUUGAAUGCUACGUUGGUUAUUCCUGAGUUGGGUCAUCAUUCGUUUUGGAAAGACGAUAGUGAUUUUGCAAACAUUUUUUAUGUGGAUUGGUUUAUUUCUUUCCUUGCGAAACAGAUUUCAUUACAACAUAUGGGGUUGGUACCGGUACCGCAAAACGGGAAAAUGGGAACCGGUACCAGUACUGAAUAUACCCGGUUAGCAAGUUCCUAUUUCUCUUUUCGUGUUGGGAUUGCAGAUGGUGGUGUCAUGCUCUCUUUGCUGGUAUUGUUGGCUCUAGUCCGCAAAUCUGCAUUUAUAGCACUUGUUCCACUUGAAGCGGUACUGUUCGAUAUUGAUGGAACUCUUUGUGAUUCAGAUCCCAUCCACUUCGUUGUUUUUCGAGAAUUGCUUCAAGGGAUUGGUUUCAACGGUGGGAUUCCAAUAGAUGAAGAUUUUUUUGCUCAAAAUAUUUCCGGAAAGCUUGAUGAUGACAUUGCAACUGUUCUUUUUCCUGAUGAUAUCGAAAGAGGUUUAGAUUAUGUGAAGAAAAAGAAGAACGUUUUAGGAAGCGUUCAACACUUACCUAUUCAGAAGUUGCCAAACAACCUCUCAAUGUUUCAAAAGACCAUACUUUCAUUUGUGACUUGUGAGGAUCCAGUUUCAGGGAUAAAGACGGGCGUGGCAGCUGGAAUGCCAGUUAUUGGAUUAACGACUAGAAAUCCCAAACACAUGCUCAUGAAAGCAAAUUCUACAUCGCCUUCCUAUGGAUAAAGCAUAGAGCAAAACUAGGAUCUUUAGAUUGGUCUCGAAAAUUAUGAAGACCCAAAACUAUGAGAAGUCUUAGGAGAGCAUAGAAGGGAGAAUGAAGCUUGAUACAAUGAUUAUAUUGAAGACAUGUCUCUAGAUUCAAUCUGCUUAUGAAAUUUGUUUCCCUAUAUUGAUUGUAUUAUGUCUAAAGUUAUGUGGUGUAUGAAACUUUGUACCCUAUUAUCAA